GACCAAUUACAUUCACGUAAUUAAUGUCUUCACGGGUUGUCGACAGAAUACAGAAGUAUUCCGGUAUUGCAUUCGGUGGUUUUGUAGUUCUUCAUUUAUGCGCACCCCAUGCAGGUGCUCUGUUAGGCCCAAACGUCGUAGAUGAUGUAGUAAUGAUAGGUCGCACGCUUUAUCACCAACCUUACAUAGAGUACGCAUGUAUUGGAGGUUCAUUAUCUGUCCACAUCAUUUCUAGUAUUUACAAACGUAUGAAAAGGGGAACAAGCAAACGCGUUAGUGCGCAAAACAAAACUGGAUGGGUGCUCAUACCCCUCUUAUUUGGACAUACACUCAUACAUCGCGUCAUACCCGCUAUGGAUGUGAAACCGAUACGGUCAUUGUCACCUUCUGAGCUAUCCUACGCUCAUUAUGUAGGCCAUGCUCUCACAACGCGUCCUUUAUUCAGCAUCAUCGGAUACACUUCACUUACUGCUUUAGUUAUAUACCACGGAUUGGUUGGCUUGAUGGUCAAACGCAAGAAGGUCAAACAUGCAGUAACUGUCAAUAUCGCAGUCAUAGGAAUAGGUUUGGCACGUAUUGCUAACGGCUACACACCCGACUUCAUGACAGGUCGUUAUGAAGCAGUAUAUAAUCAGUUACGAAUAUAAUUAUCUAUGUUUUACAAUCAGAAGACAAGCGUGAUAUUUUUACAGAGGAACUUUAAAUAGGUGGGGCGCUAAACCGAUCUAGUACGUCAAGUGCAUCACGAACUGCACCCAUUUCGACGAGCAAUCUGCGGCGUUUACUGUUACUGACGAGCUGUUCUUGAGGAACGAGCUGAGGUAACUGCAAGGACGUGCUAUUACGUCUAGCCUGUCCAGAUGGUCUUUGAAGCGAUGAUGGUUGUGGAUUUGACUCCUGUUGUUGCAGCCUUGCGAGAUCGACUUUGACUUCGGCUUCUGGAGGAACAUUCUCGAGAACCUUUUCAACCUGCUGAUGCAAUUCUGCACCAGUGCAACUCGUCCUACUAGCCACGAGGUCUGCGAGCAAGGCGAGAUCAGCCAAUCCGAUAUUUGGAUGAGAUUUAAGCCUGCGCCAGGCAUCUGAAGCCGGUAUGCUUUGACCAUUCUCAUCAACUUCCAUUCCAGCGCCCGGUGGUGUAUGUGUUGGACAUCCCUGACAUUUCUGGGAUGGGCUACCCUCAGUACAGACGCUCCCUUGGAGUGCCUCAAAGAAGGCUCGUCCAGGCUUGUCAUCCCGACAUGCCAGACUGUCAUCUUGCUGACAGGCCAUACAGUUAUCGGGGUCGCCACUGCAUUCCGUCUGAACUUGGAAAAGCUUCUUGCCGGAUGUGCGCUUCUUCCUGAGUGGCUGUGCAGGUUGAUAUGCUGGAGGAUUGUCCAAUAUACUUGCGGCCGGCGGCGCGCUCUCUUGGGUAGUCACUUGCCGACAAACACAAGGCGUCUCUUCAGAACAGAAACCACAGCUGAAAAAGCGAUCAAGCUCAUCAUCAACCUUGAGUUGGUCAACUUGGAGUAUAUUCUGCAGUUUUAUUGGUGAUGGUGCGAUUUCUGGCUGUGGAAUCUCAUUUGGAGAUUCGUACAUAUCCCGAUAUUUACGCUUUAUAGCCCGCUGGGUCGCGCUCGUGUCGUGUGAACUACCACUGGCUAUACUGCUACCAUCUUCAUAACGCUGUAGGCGUUUCUUAAGUACAACAUUCUCAUCCUUAAGCGCGUCAUUCUCCUGCUUAAGUUUCUGUGAUACUUGCUGAAGAGCCACGUUACGUUCUAUCGCGUUAGCCUCAUAGGCUGCUAAACGUUGUUCUAACUCCUGGACGUAUUCCUGCUUGCGCUCUCGGAAGGCUCUCUGUGCGACCCUAUUCUGACUCUUGCGCUGAUGUUUAUGUUAGAAAGCGUCUAGAUCAUAACUUAAACGCUCACAUUCGGUGGAUCCUGCUCUAUCGGUUUUCUACCCGGUUUAGGCCGGGCAGGAAUCUCCCAAUUCUUGGAUGGCUGGACAUAUAUCUUUCCUGAUAAAAAUGUUAAUAGGAGUAUGUAGAAUGACAU